ACACCAUCUUGGACAGGUUCUUCAUGUAGUACCGUUCUUCACGUGGUCUCUUAAUUGCCCACCAGUACCAUUUCAUUUGAAGCCAUCAAGCCGUCUGAGUGUAAACAAAAUUCCGAUAGUACCACUUGUUUCUUUCAUUAGUUUUUUUAACUUUAUCGGUUGCCAUCGCGAGAUUUUUUUUUAUUGAACCAUGAUCGAUUUAAUGUGGUACCUGGGUCUUCCCAUGUUCGCCGUGGGUGUUUGUGGCGUCCCCUAUAAGCGGGAAUCAGAAAAUGGAACGAGGUACGACUGGAAUCAGUACGACACUGUCUACGAUCGAAAACAAACCGGUACUGAAAAUCUUAAGGUCAAUGUCGAUGGGGUGUCUUUAAUUUGGACUACCAACUCCUUACUGGCUGCAGCGGCCUUGCUUGAACCAGCUCUUUAUGGAGAAUUUCCUGAUUCCAAUGUGGAUUUGAUAUUCGGAUCUGAUGGAGAAAAACCCGAAGAUAUAGACUUAUUUGGAGAAAAACCAUCGUCAACGACAAAAAAGCCAGUGGAAAAACCAAAUAAAACUACUUCUCCAACUUCUACAACGGAGACAGUGCCGGAAGUGGUCAUCGUCGAGCAUAAUACACCGAAAGUAGAAAGUUCACAAAAAAAGAGUUCCCCAGGGAUUAGGAGGAGAAUUCAGUGGCCACAGCUAUUAAAAUCAGUUCUACGUAGCAGAAGUCCCGAACCCGAAGCUGACGAAUAACUAAUUUAGUGUUUGAUUAAAAGAAAAAUCAUUCCCAGUAAAUUAUUUAUUUAUUACCUAUUUAUUAAGAUAUUUUUUAUAGCUGUAAUUUA